CCUUUUUUAUUUCUUCUUCCUUUCCCACCUCUCUCUCUCUCUCUCUCUCUCUCUCUCUCUCUGCAUUUCUCAGCUUUCAAGUGUGUAUUUUCUUGGACCAAAUUGCCCCUACUCAGAGCUUUUUUUCUGCUAUAUUUGUGCAUGUGGAAUUUGGGGAAACUCUGAACUUAUGUUGCUUGUUGAGUUUUUGAACAAAUUAAGGUGAAGGAAAUGAUUCUCACGAAGCAGUACCGAUGCGUACACUCGUCUUCUUGCCAAUGUACAAAAGGUCAUUUAAGCGAAGACGUGAUAUUCUUGGUGUUUAACAAUUUGAAUUGGAACCCGAAGCUAAUAGCUACUCUGUCGUGCGUAUGCAAAUGGUUCGAUGAUCUUGCCAAACGAGUUCUAUGGAAAGAGUUUUGUCGAACGAGAGCUCCUAAGAUGAUGAUUGAUCUCCAAUCUAGUGGAACUCACAGCAUUGAUGGAAACUGGAGUGCCUUAGGGAAGCUGCUUAUACACUGUUCCGGAUGCAAAAGAGGCGGUUUGUUCAACAACGUUCAUAUCCCCGGCCAUUUCGUUUACAGGACGAGAUUCUCUAAAACAUCGGGAAAGAGCUUUCUUUUGCCACAAUGUGUAAACGAUGUUUUGUAUGUGUCUGAUCCUUGUGAGCAUCUUGACCAAGGCGAAGAAGGAGAUAUAGGAUUCUUCCGCGGAGUUUUCAAGUCGUUUGCUACUACAAACAUUCGGAGGAUGCUUAUUAACAAAGGCGCUCGGCUCCAUUCGACAGAAGUUUGUCCGUAUUGUAAGGCGAGGCUGUGGAGCAUGCUGCAGGCUAACAUGAUACCGCAGACCGCGAGUUGCAGAUUGGGAUCGUAUGAAGAAUGUGUCGAUUAUUAUGUGUGUCUUAAUGGACACAUGGUUGGGAUUUGCACAUUGUUGCCAUUGUCUGAUUCAGAAGAGGUGUCUGAGAAGGAGUAAGUAAGAUAUUGAUGAUUCUCAUGUAUUUUACCGACAUUUUUGUUAAUGAAUCAGAUUUAAGGAUGUUACUAUGAACUAUGUGGUAUAUAUCAUGUAUAUUUAUUGGUGUGUUGA